UGGGCAGCGCUCCUCGCUCGCCCUCGGACUCGGCUCCGGCUGCGAGUGGUGCCCUGCCCGCGCCCAGCGCCGACCGCCGGGUCCCCACACCGGACCCAGUACCUCGGCUCCCCGGGGCCGGACCGAGGUCGCAAGCAGCGCCGCGGGGUGUGGGGCGGAACCAGGAGAUGAAAUGACAACGUCAACCCUCCAGAAAGCCAUUGAUCUGGUGACAAAAGCCACAGAAGAGGAUAAGGCCAAGAAUUACGAGGAGGCGCUGCGGCUCUACCAGCAUGCCGUGGAGUAUUUCCUCCACGCUAUCAAGUAUGAGGCACACAGCGACAAGGCUAAGGAGAGCAUUCGAGCCAAGUGCAUGCAGUACCUAGACCGGGCCGAGAAGCUCAAGGAUUAUUUACGAAACAAAGAGAAGCAUGGCAAGAAGCCAGUGAAAGAGAGUCAGAGUGAGGGCAAGGGCAGCGAUAGUGACAGUGAAGAGGAUAAUCCAGAGAAGAAGAAAUUACAAGAACAACUGAUGGGUGCUGUUGUCAUGGAGAAGCCCAACAUACGGUGGAAUGAUGUGGCCGGGCUGGACGGGGCCAAGGAGGCCCUCAAAGAAGCUGUCAUUUUGCCAAUUAAAUUCCCACACUUGUUCACAGGCAAGCGUACCCCUUGGCGAGGGAUACUGCUCUUUGGACCCCCUGGCACAGGGAAAUCCUACCUGGCCAAAGCGGUGGCAACAGAGGCCAACAACUCCACCUUCUUCUCUGUGUCCUCCUCAGAUCUGAUGUCCAAGUGGCUGGGGGAGAGUGAGAAGCUAGUCAAGAACCUGUUUGAGCUGGCCCGGCAGCACAAGCCCUCCAUCAUCUUCAUCGACGAGGUGGAUUCCCUCUGCGGAUCCCGAAAUGAAAAUGAGAGCGAGGCUGCCCGAAGGAUCAAAACGGAGUUCUUGGUCCAAAUGCAGGGAGUGGGGAAUAACAACGAUGGGACUCUGGUUCUUGGUGCCACAAACAUCCCAUGGGUGUUGGAUUCAGCCAUCAGGAGGAGGUUUGAAAAGCGGAUUUACAUCCCCUUGCCAGAGGAAGCCGCCCGCGCCCAGAUGUUCCGAUUGCAUCUGGGGAGCACGCCCCACAACCUCACAGAUGCCAACAUCCACGAGCUGGCCCGCAAGACAGAAGGCUAUUCAGGCGCAGACAUUAGCAUCAUCGUGCGGGACUCCCUCAUGCAGCCCGUUAGAAAAGUACAGUCGGCAACACACUUCAAAAAGGUUUGUGGCCCUUCCCGCACCAACCCCAGCAUUGUGAUCGAUGACCUCCUGACCCCAUGCUCACCAGGGGACCCGGGGGCCAUGGAGAUGACUUGGAUGGAUGUCCCUGGUGACAAACUCUUAGAGCCUGUGGUUUGCAUGUCGGACAUGCUCCGGUCUUUGGCCACUACCCGGCCCACAGUGAAUGCAGACGACCUCCUGAAAGUGAAGAAAUUCUCAGAGGACUUUGGACAGGAGAGUUAAAACCUUCUUCACUUGGGCAAUGGUGAAAGUGGGAGGUUGACUGGGGCAAACCCAUGGUACUCCCUACAUCGGUGGCCAGAUCGGGCUGUAGGGCUCAUCCUAAGUCACUACAGUGUCCCCUCUGCCAUCUGGCUGCCAGCCAGGGAGCAGGAAGGAAGGGCCUCCACAGCCGCAGAGACUCCGCUGCCCGCUGGGCACACAGUGAAUCCUGGCUCUUCCUAGUUCCUCCUCCUCUCCUCUCCUGGAUGCUCACCAACUCCUUUCCAUGCCCCUGUGUGUCAUCUUCUUCUUCUUUUUUUUUUAAUCCUUUUUUGUUCCCCUAAAUUAAUGCUGCUUGGAUUUUCGUCUUGUUUAUCAAGAUAAAAUCACCUGGACGCAUCAAGGGUUGAGAGCAGCCGAGAUGUGAAUGGCACAGACUUUGGACGGCUGGCCAGGCCCCACCACGCUGUUCCUUUAAUUCCCAAGUUUUGUUCCUUGAGAACAAAUUGGCUGACGCCCCUACGUCCCUCCCAGCCCAAGCUCUGCCUCAAAGACUGAGAGUAAGAUAAGCCAUUCCUACCCCCCUAGGCUGGCGUCCAGGGCCCUGUGUCUUCUUGCAGGAGGAGAUGGCUUCUGUGAACGCAGAGCUGUUUCCAUCAGAACGAAAGAAGGCCGUCAGGCAGGUUUGCACUGCUGCCUUUCCUCCGAGUGUAGGAACACUGAACCCCGCCACUGCCCCUGGGUCCCUGUCCCGGAAAUAGUCUAAUAAAUCCUUUUCCCUUUUUGA